UCCACAGCCCUUCUGCUCCAUUCUGCUGUCGUUUGCCCGCCCUGGUGCUCCACAGCCCGUUUGGCUCGGGUUUCUUUCAGGCAGCCCCGCCCACAUCUGGCCAGCGGUGCUUGGGCAUGAGGAAAGAGGGAGCGGGGACGACGCGCGACUCACUCCUGAUCCAGCGCGACUCGCUCCUGAUCCAGGCUCCUGUGGUUGGCUGGCCCCCGCCAGCGCCGACGACGUCGCCCGUGCUGAAGCCCGCCGUGGCUUGGCCCGACGAGGAGGACGUCAGCGGGAGGGGGGACGCUGUCGCCGGCGCCGACGCGGCGUGCGUGCACCAGGCGCUGGAAAGCCUGAUGCUCGACGUGGAGGGCGUCUUCUGCAAGCACAAGGAGCUCUGGAGAAAGCCCGCUGCCGCGCCUCAGGGAGCUGGCUGCUCGGUGCGGCGCGCGGACUCCAAGGACGUCGUCCGGCACCCGUCGUGCUUCCCGGACCAGCCGACCCACCACCACCGGCUCCCGUCGACCCUCUCCGUGCCGGGGAGGCUCCCGGCGUCCCCGCCGGGCCGCGGGCUCCCCGCGCUCGCCCUCGCCGGGGAGGCGGCGCCUCGCGGCGCGGCAGGUGCCACCGCGCAACCGGACCUGGUUCGAUUCGGCAGCGACUGUUUGGACAGGGCGUCCCUGGGAAGUGCCAGAUCCAGCGACGUGCUGGCCAAGAUGAAAAAGGUGAAGAAGGCCCGGACGACCUUCCUCAGGCAGGAGUCCACGGGCUGGACCCACACCCUCAGGCCGCAGAGGACCCUGUCCUUCGGCCUCGGCCUCCGGGCCCGGGCCAGCCAGGUCGUCCAGCGGCUGCCCGGCGGCGUGUCCACCCAUGCAGCGGAUGCCACGGCCUUCAUCUCGAAGAUGGUGCGGCGCCCCGGCUACGAGUUCGCGCGGGUGAUGGUGAUGGUCCUGGAUGCCGUUCUCGUGGUGUCGGAGAUGCAAUACGAGGGGAGCAGAGCGCAACCUCCACAGGGGGGAUACAAGAUUCUAUGGUGUUCACCUUGCUUCUGGACCUAUCCUGCGCGCUGUUUCUCACCGACCUCAUCUUGAACGUCGCUGCAGGCAUUGUCGACCCGCUUGACUCCGAUGGACGUGGUUGGGAGUUUUUCCAUGCCGUAGUUGUGAUCGCGCAGCUGCUCCAGACCAUCGGCCACCACUCGCAUCGCCACCAAAGGUGCGACUCCCAGUUCAGGGUCGUCCUCGCCAUGUUCUCCACGCUGCGCCUGGCCAGGCUGCUGUCGCUGGCGCUGGUGACGAAUGUCAUCCGCCAGCACUCCUUUUUCAGGGAGCUGCGCGUCAUGAUCCACUCGCUCGCUGGCGCGGCCAAGGGUCUGCUGUGGUCUGGCCUGCUGAUCUUCACGAUCCUCCUCAUCUUCGGGACGGUGCUCUCCGAAGGAGCGCUGGUCUUCC